GCGGGUGGGUGGGAUCGUGGCGGAGCUCCGGGCGCCCGGGCAGGGGCGAGAGAGCGCCAUGGCGGCUGCUGUGGCUGCGGCAUCCGGUGCCCGCGCCGCGGCGAUGUGAGGAGGCCUCCUCUUCCCACGACUGAGGAGGCUACAGCUGCCCGCCUGCCUUCCUCGCGGGCCGCGGCUCCGGCAUGGCCGGGAUCAUUAAGAAGCAGAUCCUGAAACACCUGUCCCGGUUCACUAAGAAUCUUUCCCCGGACAAAAUCAACUUGAGCACCCUGAAGGGGGAGGGUCAGCUCACCAACUUGGAGCUGGAUGAAGAGGUUCUACAGAAUGUGCUGGAACUGCCCACAUGGUUAGCCAUCACUCGGGUCUACUGCAACAGGGCCUCCAUCCGGAUCCAGUGGACAAAGUUGAAGACACACCCAAUUUGCUUGUGUCUGGAUAAGGUAGAGGUGGAGAUGAAGACGUGUGAGGAGCCUCGGCCCCCCAAUGGACAGUCUCCCAUUGCCCUUGCUUCAGGACAGAGUGAGUAUGGCUUUGCUGAAAAGGUAGUGGAGGGGAUGUUCAUCAUCGUCAAUUCCAUCACCAUCAAGAUUCACUCCAAGGCCUUCCAUGCUUCUUUUGAAUUAUGGCAGCUCCAGGGUUACAGUGUCAACCCUAACUGGCAACAGAGUGACCUUCGUCUGACUCGCAUCACUGAUCCCCGCCGAGGAGAGGUUUUAACAUUUAAGGAAAUAACUUGGCAGACACUUCGAAUUGAGGCAGAUGCUACAGAUAAUGGAGAUCAAGACCCAAUCACCACCCCACUGAGACUUAUUACCAACCAAGGCCGGAUCCAAAUAGCCCUCAAGAGAAGAACCAAAGAUUGUAAUGUGAUAGCCUCCAAGCUGAUGUUCCUGUUGGAUGACCUGCUCUGGGUGCUAACGGACUCACAGCUCAAGGCCAUGAUGAAGUAUGCCGAAUCUCUGAGUGAGGCCAUGGAGAAGUCGGCCCAGCAAAGAAAGAGCCUGGCCCCUGAACCUGUCCAGAUCACUCCACCUCCUCCCAGUGCCCAGCAGUCCUGGGCCCAGGCGUUUGGUGGCAGCCAGGGAAACAGCAGCAGCAGCAGCAGCCGGCUCAGCCAGUACUUUGAGAAAUUUGAUGUGAAAGAGUCCUCCUACCAUCUGCUCAUCUCCCGCCUGGACCUGCACAUUUGUGAUGAUAGCCAGUCCCGGGAUCCAGGUAUCUCUGCAAAUAGACUCAUGGGUGGUGCCAUGCAGCUUACCUUCCGCAAGAUGGCAUUUGACUACUACCCCUUCCACUGGGCAGGUGAUAGCUGCAAACAUUGGGUACGGCACUGUGAGGCCAUGGAGACCCGAGGACAUUGGGCUCAGAAGCUUGUGAUAGAAUUUCAGAGUAAAAUGGAGAAGUGGCAUGAAGAGACUGGUCUGAAACCACCUUGGCACCUGGGGGUAGACUCCCCUUUCCGGAGGAAAGCAGAUUCUCUCUCUAGUCCUCGAAAGAACCUUCUUGAGAAGUGUCCCUCUGGGGGACGUCAGGCUGCUUUUCGGCCUCCGGCCUGGAAUCGCUUACGCUCUAGCUGCAUGGUUGUACGAGUGGAUGACCUGGACAUCCAUCAGGUUUCUACAGCUGGACAGCCAAGUAAGAAGCCAUCUACACUCCUUUCCUGCAGUCGCAAACUCCACAGCUUACCCACUCAGGUCUCUGCCAUUCAUGUUGAGUUUACAGAGUAUUAUUUCCCAGAUAAUCAGGAGCUUCCAGUUCCCUGUCCCAACCUCUACAUUCAGUUAAAUGAUUUGGCAUUUACUGUGGAUCCUGUCAGCUUGCUCUGGGGAAACCUCUUUUGCCUAGAUUUAUACCGUAGCUUGGAGCAAUUCAAAGCUAUUUACAAACUGGAGGAUUCAAGGCAGAAAGAUGAACAUCUGGACAUCCGACUGGAUGCCUUCCGGUUAAAGGUGAGCUUCCCUCUGGAGAAGAGAGAGCAGGCAAAAUUGCAUCGUCCCCAGGCCCUUGUCUUCUCUUCAUCAGGGAUGAUUGCCACCAAUACACGAUAUGCCCCACAAUGUAGCUGUCCAGAUCUCCAGACUCUCUUCCGGGGUUUUGCUGCUGCCGAGUUCUUCCAUUCUAAUUAUGAUCACUUUCCCAAGGUUCCGGGUGGCUUUAGCCUUCUGCACAUGCUGUUUUUGCAUCAUGCCUUCCAGAUGGAUUCCCGCCUUCCUCAGCCUAGUACCCUCCCUCCCCAGAGGCCUAAGGCUUCCCAGGAUCUCUGGUCCAUCCACUUCACCCGGAUCUCCUUGGACUUUGAGGGAACAGAGAACUUCAAAGGCCAUACGUUGAAUUUUGUGGCCCCCUUCCCCUUGUCUGUUUGGGCCUGUCUACCUCUCCGCUGGCAGCAGGCCCAGGCUCGAAGGCUCCUUUUGGCCUCGGAGGGGAGGUUGAAACCAUCAGCCAGCUUUGGCAGUCCUGUUCACUCUGAAGUCCUCAUCCCUGAUUCUGUGUCCCAUCAGAGGUCAAAGACUGAGCAUGAUUUGAAAAGUUUGUCAGGCCUUACAGAAGUCAUGGAAAUUCUGAGAGAAGGCAGUGAUGGUGUGGGCAACAAAGGGCCUGUGACAGAGCUGGAGGAUGCAGCAGAUGUCCAUGUGCUUGUACACUCCCCAGCCCAUGUCUGCGUGAGGCUGGACCAUUACCAGUACUUGGCUCUGCUCCGUCUGAAGGAGGUGCUGCAGGAGCUUCAGGAGCAGCUGACUAAGGAUACAGAGGCCAUGACAGGGUCUCCCCUGCAGGACCAGACAGCUUGCAUUGGUGUGCUCUUUCCCAGCGCUGAGGUGGCUCUACUCAUGCAUCCUGCCCCUGGGGCUGUCGAUGCUGAUUCUGCAGGUUCAGACACCACCAGCCUUAUAGAUUCAGAGCUGUCUCGUUCAGAGGAUCGGGAACUGAAGUCUGAUGCCUCCUCAGACCAGGGCCCAGCAAGCCCCGAGAAGGUCCUGGAGAAUAGUAGUAUUGACAAUCUUGAUGCAUCUCAUGAGAGGCCUCAGAGCAAUGGAGAAUUGCAGGACUCAGAUCCACUUCCACAGCAGCUGUCAGGGAAAGGCCACGAGGCAGUUGAGUCCCUCCAGGCCAAGAGACUGAGCAGAGCCCAAGCCUCCAGCUCACCAGCUGCAUUGAAGUCCACAGCUGGCAGGGAUACUGCUGUGAACGGACAGGGUGAGCCUGUUCCCUUGAAGAACCUUGAAGGAGAAUUGUCGAGUGCUAUUCACAUGACCAAGGAUGCCACCAAGGAGGCUCUACAUGCCACCAUGGACCUCACUAAGGAAGCUGUGUCCCUGACUAAGGAUGCCUUCAGUCUGGGCAGAGAUCGAAUGACCUCCACCAUGCACAAGAUGCUGUCCCUGCCCCCAACCAAGAUAGAUUGCCAAGGAGGAAGAAGAGAGGAAAACUUAAAGGGGGAGCCCAUGGCCAAGAUAGAUGAGGGCCCAGCAGCCCCAGUGGGUGGAGGUGCUGCCCGACUCCGCUUUUUCUCCAUGAAGAGGACAGUAUCUCAGCAGUCAUUUGAUGGUGUCUCAUUGGAUAACAGUGGCCCCGAAGACCGGAUUUCAGUGGACAGUGAUGGCAGCGAUAGCUUUGUGAUGCUCUUGGAGUCUGAAUCUCGUCCAGAAUCUGUUCCAUCAGGAUCCCUUCCAGGUGUCUUGGAUGAUGCUGUUCAAGGGAGCCCUGUUGUAGAUAGUUUUGGCCAGCGUUCUCCAGGGGCCAACAGUUCAGUAUCACCCAGUGGUGAAGACCUCGUCCUUCAUUCGGUCUCAGUUUUGGUUCUGAAGGUGAAUGAAGUGUCUGUUGGGAUUGAGGUACGUGGUGAGGACCUGACUGUAGCCUUGCAAGCAGAGGAACUGACCCUACAGCAGCUAGGCACCGUGGGACUCUGGCAGUUCCUACAAGGACAGUGCCCAGGUACAAGCUUUCAGGAAUCCUCAAGUUUGAAGACUGACAACAUCAGGCCAGCCUUAGGCCUUCGCUUUGAGGUGGGGCCUCGUGCAGCUGUUCAUUCCCCACUGGCUGCACAAAAUGGCUUCCUGCACUUCUUACUUCGAGGCUGUGAUCUUGAGCUGCUCACUUCGGUGCUCAAUGGCCUGGGGCCCUUUUUGGAGGAUGAGGAAGUCCCAGUGGUGUUCCCCAUGCAGAUUGAGCUCCUGAACUCCAGUAUCACACUAAAGGAUGAUAUCCCCCCCAUCUAUCCAACUUCCCCAGGCCCUGUCCCCAUCACUGUGGCCAUGGAGCAUGUUGUGCUGAAGAGGAGUGAUGAUGGCGUGUUCCACAUUGGUGCUGCUGCUCAGGACAGACCAUCAGCUGAAGUACCUAAAAGUGAGAAGAAGCAGCCCCUCAAAGAACAGCUAUUUCUGGUGCCCACAGGAGAGGUUUUUAGACAACAGGUGAAUGAACUGCCUACCCUACAAAAAGAACUUAUAGAAACUAAACAAGCAUUGGCCAGUGCUAACCAGGAUAAAGAGAAACUUCUUCAGGAGAUUAGGAAAUAUAACCCCCUCUUUGAGCUCUGAUAGCAGAGGCUCAGCCGUCUGUGCCAAGGAGAGAAGAGAUCACCAGCAGUAGCACCACCUGGGACAGAGGGCGUCUUCCAGCACUGGAAUGAUCCGCUGAGGAUGCAAGAGGGACCGGGUGUGCUCUGUGCACGCCUCCUGGGUGCACUUUCCGCUAGCUUUUCUAGCUUGGAUAGAGGAUAGGGCAAAGCUUGACUGCAUCCCAGGAAACUGGGGUCGCUUUGUACGUGGCUCAAGCAUCAUUUGUUGCCUGUAUAAAGCUAAAGCCUUUUGGCCUUCUGCACACUAGGUGGAAUCUUCUCCACACGGUAGGGCCAUUUCAUUUCUUGGUUUCAUGGUGGAGAUUUUUGCUUCCUUCACAGCCUGUGUGAACAAUUGAAAGUACCCAUUUCCUCAGCCACCCACAGACCCACCAAAGAUCUCGUGUCCCAGAGCUUCCUGCAGCAGACCUGAAAAGUUGUUGACCAGAACUUUAUAGUGGAAGAGAACAGGAAAUAGCUCAGCAAGGGGAGGGUGGGUAGAGAGGCACAAGAAUAAGGGAGACCCGGACUCUGCCUGCUUUGGAAUGGGAAUCAGGCUCAGAUCAACUUGGCAGAUGUUACAAUCAGAUUUUUCAGGGUCAAGCUUCCUUUUGUUUUAAUUUCAUCAUUGUGAUGCUGUGGAAGAAAGUAAACAGCAGUUGUGACUAAGCCAUAUCAUCUUUCCUUUCUGUAACAUAAUUUAUUUGAAAUUUAAAUCAAGAAAAAAAUGUUCACUCUGAGCUAGGGUGAGGGCAAGAUGAGGUACGGUAAAUAUGGGAGCCCUCUAGGCUCCUGAGCCCUCCAGGCUCCUGCCCCUCUUCUGCAGUUGCACCUGAGAAGUCAACUCCUCUGUCUUCCUGAGGUUCAUGGUCAUCUUCUUUCCCAGCAUCCUGAUUUUGCUCACCUGAGCACUUGGUCAUUUGGGAACUGAAAAUGUGUUUAAAUCUUAAUUAACAUAAACAUCUCAACCUGUUGCCUCUCACUCCCCUCUAUUACUAUGGCUUUUAAAAAUCAUGUAAUUUUGAUGUAAGUAAAAAACAACAGCAACAGCAGCAGCAGCAGCAAAAACCCCCUUCCAUAUAUCUGGAUUUCCCUUUCCUAAUUCUUCAAAACUCUGCCUUCAUCCCUACCUCUGUGGUAUGGUUCAGGCUGUGUCAAUUUGACAGAAGUUAUCAGCUAACUCACCUUGAUUUAACAAGAUGGUAAAAUAGUGAAGUAGUGAUAUCACUGAAUUCUUAAUUGAACAUAACCUAUUGGAAGAGAAGUAAAUGGUUUCUUUUAUAGGAAAUCAUGCUUAAUUUAUAUACUCUGGUUUUUUGAGGAUAAAAAGAAACAUGGGAAUAAGAUCUAAUUUGUUGAGACUUUUAAGGACUUUAGUUAAAUUUCUCCACUAAGGCAAAUUUUAAAAUAUCAGUUACUAUCAGAUUGUGGGAAUUUGUCAUUCUUGGGACAGAAAUUAAAGACUUGGGACUAAAGAAACAUUUUUCUGGAGAGAAUGUUAGCAGGGGAAGUUUCCUAAGGGUCAGUGAUUGAUUCAGUGUUAAGAUUCUUAUAAACGACCUAAAUGUAGGUCUUGACAAUGCAAUAAAAUGUUGCCGCUUCCAUACGAUAAAAGGUAGACCAGAAGAGAUGGAGACAGACGACAACAAACCCCCACAAAGUCAUGGACAGAUCACAACUAGCAGGGCUGUGAAUACUCAAAAAAGUGUCAAGUGAAGUUUGGCACAGUCAGUGUGAGGGAAUGGGUUUCUGAAGAAUGUUCAGUUGAUGGGGCGGUGAGCUCAGGAACGCCAGCAAAGCACUGCUGAGCCGGGGAUCGAUGUGCUACAGUGGCCCGAGCCUAGCUCCUCAGCAUGACCAGGAAGGGGUGCAAACACCACUGUACCUCAUGCAGACUGUGGGUACAUCUUAAAUGAUCUGUGUAUCUCUAGAGACCUUAUUUAUCAAGUAUACGGUGAAGGGAGGAAAGGUCCAGAGAAUAGCAAAAAUAUUCUGCAUGACACAUCUUUUAAGAUGUGGACUGUGUUCAACAAGAAUGAAAACAGAGUGUUUGCUCACGUAUCCAGGCGGGAGCAAGGAUCCAGUCCUGAAAUUCUAGCUUUAAGGCUCUGCCUCAUCACCUUGGUUAAAAGAAUUGGGAAACCUGAUUGUUUUAAGAAGGGUCACCUGCAGAAUCUAAGUGUGAAUGCAGAAGGCUUAAAAGGAAUCCCUGUACGAUUGUCCCCCAAAGGGAAUGAUGUGAAACUGGGGCUGUUCUGUGAUCAACAACUGAGAGGUGACAUCCCUCCUCAAAGUCCCUGUAGUGCUUUUUUCAAGGGCAGGACGUUGAGCUGAGUAGAUCACUAGUCCUCUCAAGUGUGCAUUUCUGAUGUUCUUGGAGGAAACUAGAGGGAUGAGAUUCAGUAGCCAGAAAAUAGAAUUAUUCAACCUCAGGCUCCCCUGAAGUCAUUUAAAAUCACAUUCUGAUUCUCUUUCUCUGCUUCCUGCCUUGCCCUCUAUAUUCCUCUGGCAUCCCUCCAUGCAAAGAUGUGUCUAGUAGGCAUUGCUUGGUAUACCUUUGCCUUAAGCUUAAAGUAGAAACACAUCCAGCAAGUACCAAGGCUGACCUCUUAAUGGCCAGAGCUGUGUGUUUUCUGGGUUCUCUGAAGGAGUCUGGAAUUCUUGUCCAUGUGAUAAAUGGAGUCUUAGAAUUUCUGACUUAUGUGGCAGCUUGGGCCAUUGUCUUGAAAUUACCCCUCAAGAAAAUGUGGUAGGAUUCAUUAUUCGUUGGAAUUUUAGUAAAAAUUAUCUCGUGUAACUUUAUACUCUUAUUCAUUGGGUGAUGAUAACCUUUUCAUAAUGAAGUAUGACCUAGUGGUAAUCUUCAGAAUAAGUUCAAAAGAAAAUAACAAGGAAAAGGUAGUGUCAGCCCUUUUGAACUGUUUAUGCUUUCUGCUUUGGAACUGCAAGACUGAACCAGAAAUAAUAGUACCUCAAGAAAAUGUCGGGAGGAUAGCACCACCAUCCCUCAGAGGCUUUGGCUACUGCACAUCAUCAUUUCAGCUAUGGAACAACUAUAUUAUCUGUGAUCAUCAAGAUUUCUUGUUUACAUGCAGGAACUGGGGAUAAGCUUUAGGGCACACAGACUAGAGUGUAAAUCCUCUUCACUGGGCUGCAGGGACGAUUGGCAAUCUCAAAUUGUUUUCAACUCGCUGGAAUAAUUAACUUAGUUUUUGAUUUUAAGACAGGAGUGGUUCUAUUCAUGUGAUGGCUGCUUUUUGCUGUAUAUUUCAUUUGACCUUCAUUUUGCCAUGGCUUCAACCUUUGUGUCUCCUUUUCCAUGGUUCUGAAAGCAUGGUAUCUAUGUGGAAUAUACAAGGGAUAACCCUCCCCCAACAUACCCCAUAACUUAAAUGCUUCCACUUAACUAAUGCACACUAAUUCUUCCUUAGGGGGAAACAGAGUGGUAGAAGAUAGUUUGAAGUAUUGCCAGAUGGGAACUUUCCAUUUCAAACCUUUACACUAGGGAUUUUCCCCCCAUUAACUGUUUCAGAGACUCGGGUGUGAUGUACCAUCCUUUCAGAGACUAGGGCCUUCUGCCUCAUUGUUCCCCCAGCCAGAACAGGAAUAUUCCAUUCAUUUCUGGUAGGAUAGCACAGUAGAUAUUAUGGAAAGUAUUUUGUUUCCUGUGGCACUAGGGGAAACACUCAGACAACCUGCAAGAGUGAGGCCUUGCUAAGUGGCCGGACUUUGAUUUUCCUUACUUGUUAUUUAUCGUUUCAGCUUAUCCAAUAUCUCUAAUGGUGAUAGGUAAAGUUCCUAUAACUGUUUAAAAAAAAUUUCCUGUUAGAGUGGAAAGACGUCUUUUUACUCAGUUUAUUCAUUUUUAGUCAAGAUUUAGCCUGACUUGUAGCAUUUCUUUGUGAAGAAAUGUCUUCACUGGCUAAGUAUGUGCUUAAAGCCGUGAGUUUUUAAUGUAAGAUACUAAAAGUCAGAUGUGUCCCAGUUCAUGAGUUCAAGCUGUUUCCCCCACUCAGGGUGCUAAACAGAAUUGGAAUCUUAAAGUCAUGCUCAGGAAAGCUUUGAAAGACAACAGCCUCAAAAUCCUUCUCCCUAUGACACUGAACGGUAGAUGUAAAGAAUUCUGGGGGAUUGCCAAGUACAUACAGUGGCCUUAUUACUGCUAAUCACUGUCAAGGAAAGGUCACUCGCUCCAUUCCCCUCUGUUUGAGGAAAACAAUGAGAAUGUAUGCAACAAACUGGAAUCCUGGUCAGUAUUGGGAAAUUUUAAUGUUGCAACAUCUAAUCAAACCCUGAGUGUACUGGUUCUGUGAACCAUCUGGAAAAAAAAAAAGCAUAUUAAACUUAUUAAACGAUAUUGUUUGUGGCA